GGUUAUGCAACUCUUACGUAGCAACGUCCCGAAAUGGAGGGACGGGGAACACAGGAACCGCCCCAAAUCCAGUCCUCCCCUUGGACCCUUGCAGCCCAGCCCAAGGCAGGCUCUCACGCCCACUCGCUGUUGGUUGCCUGGGGGCUGACUGCACUGCACGACCUUGGCCAACAUUGAACUGCCACCAAACCAUUGCUGCUUGCUGCGCCUAGAACGAGCGGCCCCGCCACCAAAUGCGAGUGCUUGCCGAUCAAGUCGAGACCGGGCCUGCAUCGUUCGAUUCUCCUGACGUGUCCUUGGCGUGGCUUUUUUGGGCUCUGCUUUCUUCCAGCAUGGGGCCCUACAGGGUGUGAUUGAAUAAAAUCUCACCUGCCGACAGUUUGGCGCUUUUGCAGUGCAGCCUGGAGGGAUUCUUGUAAACCCGCGUCUUCUGCCCAACCCCUACCGCCAUUUUUUUUUCACAUCGUGCACCUCUCUCACUCUCACGUAAAUCCCAAAUACGGCCAGACAAGUCGGUCCGUCCGUCAUGUGGGCUAACAAGGCCUCCAACUUCUUCGCUUCCCGCCGCGGCCGCGGCGCCGAGGACGACGACGACGAUGAUGAUGUCGAUUCCUACGGCAAGGACCCCAUACAACCCAUCUAUAUAUCCAACGACGUUGCCAUCCCCGACGACUUCCUGAGCGUCUCGUCCCCGCCGCCCGACGCCCUCCCCAUCACCAUGAAGCCCAUCGACUUCGCCCAGACGCCGCUGCCCGAGUACAAGGGGUGCUACGCCGUCGUGCUGGACAACGUCCUGAGCCCCAGCGAGUGCCGGCAGCUCCUGCGCAUGGCCGAGGACAGCGUGCCCGAGGCGAUGCGCUUCGCGCCCAAGUCGGAAGGCAAGCCGCGCCAGAGCCGUCAGGCCGCCGCCCCGGAUGAAGGGGACGACGACGGCGACGGCGACGACGGCGACGACGACGGCGGCGGCGGCAGCGAAACAAAGAACCCCUGGCGCCCGGCCCUGGUUCACGUGGGCGGCGGCUGGGAGGUGCGGGACAAGGGCUACCGCAACAGCGACCGCAUCAUCUGGGACCAGGAGGAGAUCGUGAACCGCCUCUGGGCCCGCCUGGCCCAGGCCCGGGGCCUCAAGAUCGUCCUCGCCAAUGUCACCCCCAACAGCCGCGUCCUCCCCGCCUCCAAGGCCGCGACCCGGGACCUCGGCGUCAGGUGGGACUUUCUGAGGGUCAACCGGCGCAUGCGCUUCCUCAAGUACGAGCCGGGCGGCUUUUUUAGACCCCACUGUGACGGGGCUUACGCGUCGCAGGAGGACGGCAAGAUACUGCGGACCUGGUACACGAUCCAUCUCUACCUCAACGACUCCAAGGCCGAGGCCGGCGACGCCGCCGAGCUCGAGGGCGGCGCAACCUGCUUCCUGUCGUCCGACGGCGAGAGGAAGAUCGACAUCAACCCAAAAGCCGGCCGUGUUCUCAUCUUCCAGCACGAGCGGUUGCGACAUUCGGGGGACGAUGUGGAGGCUGGGGUCAAGUACACCAUGAGGACCGACAUCGAGUACCAGAUGCGCGGCUUGGAGGCUAAGCCCCCUGUAGUUUGAUCGUAGGUUUGGCUUUGUUAGGAUUGUUCUGCACUUUUUUGAGUCAGGUUGGUUCUCGUGGGUUAAAACCAGUUUCUCCUGGUUGGCUUCCUCUACUUGCCCUUAAUCUCACGCUCGGGCGUCUCAUACUAUCUACUUCAAAGCUUAGCUGCGACCUCUAUGAGAAUAUUCCCUCUCGAUCGACGCACAUCCUGAUGAAUUCCAGCUGCCUUUUGUGGAACUCGCGCGUCUGUGGCAAGUCCGGGAGCACGUCGGGGAAGCCAUG